AUGGCAGAGAUAGAUCAGCAACAGCUUCAAUCUUUGGUUCUUUCGGCAGAAUUAAACUCUGAGAAUGAAAAUUUAGAGCAACUUGGACCCAUAAUAAAGUCUAUAUAUGAUAAUGGACGUCAGGAGGCGUUUCUCGAGCAGCUGACAGUUUUUGUGAGAAAGAAGGAGGGUGAGAUUGAGAGAAUGUGCAAUAGUAAUUAUCAGGAAUUUGUACAUUCUGUAGAUCAACUUUUAAAAGUGAGACAAGGAACUGUGAAUCUUAAAAAUAAAAUAAUAGAUUUGAACUAUGAUGUUCAAUUAUCGGGUAAAAAACUUGCUACGAAGAAAAAAGAGUUAAUACAAACUCGUAAAAUUCAGAAAAAUAUCGAUGAAGCUGUGGAGACAUUACAAACAUGCUUAUACGUGCUGGACUUAGCAAAUCGAGCCAACAGUCUAAUUGAGGAAAAAAAAUAUUAUUCGGCUUUGCGGACAAUUGAGGAACUACAGACUGUACAUUUACGUAAAGUGAGUCAAUAUGAAUUUGCGCGACAUAUGCAGGAAUCGAUACCAGUUAUGCAAAACAAUAUAAAAGAUGCAGUAACGAGAGAACUGCAGGAAUGGUUAUUCAAAGUGAGAGAGGUGUCUUCAAAAGUUGGAAAAUUGGCCAUUGAACAAUUAACGUUACGACAAGAGCGUUGGAAACAAAAAGUAGCACAGAAUAAAGAUUUAGCAUCUGCGCCUGUUAAUUCUCCUAUUGAACUGGCAAUGAACGAAGAGAAUGAGUUUAACGUUGUAAAUAAUGAUCAAGUACAAAUUGAUUUCAAACCACUUUAUCAGUGUCUUCACAUAUAUGAAGAACUUGGUAAAAGAAGUGAAUUUAAAGCAAAUUAUGAAGAAGAUCGAAGGGCUCAAGCAAAUUUAGUCUUAUCAGCAAAUUUCACGCUAAAAGACGGCGACAUUCGAGGAUUCGAAUCGUUUCUCGACGAGAUCGUUGGAUUUUUCGUGAUCGAAUACAUCAUUGUACAUUCAACACACAAUUUCCGGUCACAGCGCGAAGUAGACAUUCUCUGGGACAGUGUUACCACUAAAGUGAUAAAAAUGGUGUCGAAUGCGUUGCGUGAAUGUCAUAGUCCGGAAUUGUUUGUAAAGAUUAAACAUUAUUUGACUAGUUAUAUUCAAACAUUUGAGGAGUAUUCUUAUAAUACUCAUAUGUAUACGGACUUGCAUUUUAAUGUGUACCAACGGUAUUCGGAAAUGUUGAAAGAGAAAUUUGCUGAAGAUUUUCAUCAAACUAUAUUGGAUGAUGAUUAUAUGCCUAUGGUUGUAAACGCACCCGAAGAAUAUGAAGCUGUUGUGGACGCUUGUUGGUUCAAAGAUGAGCAACGUGCUAAUGCGAUUCGUUUCCCGCGAACUUUGCCAUUUUCUCAAGCUUAUCCAUCCUGUUGUCUCGACAUAAAAAAUUUUGUCGAUCAAUUUUACGAUUUCGCCGAAGACGCCUCUCGAAGACAUAAUUACCUUGAUGACAUUUUAAAAGAGGCAUUGGAUGCUUUACUGAUAGAACAUGUUAACGGUGUUCUAUUGGGUAAAUUGCAAAGCACGAAUCUUACACAGAUAGUUCAGAUUAUCAUUAAUUUGGAAUACUUUGAAAAUAUGUGUGCGGAAUUGGAAAAAUUAUUGAAGGAUCGGAGAUCGAUGCAUCGUGGUGGUAGAAUACAAUUAAACGCUUCAAAUGAAUUCCAUCAAACACGUAAAAAGGCAGAAAAAAGAAUUUUCGAGUUGGUCAAUUCGAAAAUUGAUGAUUUCUUGGAAUUAGCAGAUUAUGAUUGGGCACCAAGUGUUGCUCUUUCUCAACCAAGUCCUUUUCUGCAGGAUAUGGUUGGCUUUUUGACUACUGUCAUUAGUUCAACAUUGUACAAUUUACCAGUGUCCAUUAAAACUUUUAUUUAUUUCGAUGCGCUUGCCCAUUUGUCGACUUCACUUCAUGACUUGAUUCUUAGUCCCGAAGUAAAAAAAAUCAAUGUGAAUGGAAUUACAAAUUUCGAUAAUGAUGUCCGAUUCUUGGAGCAAUUUGCUCAAGGACUUGAUAAUCCUAACAUAGCGGAUGCAUUUAUGGAAUUACGACAGAUUGUCAAUUUACUACAGUGUGAAAAUAUGGAGGAAUACUUGACGUCAUCCACGCGUAACAAAAAGUAUUCACGUAUAAAACCUGCGGAUGUCGUGAAUCUUAUUGAAAAAAUGUUAAAAGACCAAUCAGUGAUAUCAUUAAGUCCCUCGGAACGUUCAAGAAAACGUGGAAUGGAAACAGUCUUACGCUCGCUGAAACCUGAAGGUGUUGAUUCACUUCCGAUAAAAGCGUUAACACGAAUCGUAGCAGCACUAGGACCAAUACUGAUUAGAUCAUUUGCGGAGGCAUAUAAACAACAUAUAGCAAAUCAAGCAGCUGCACAAGGCCGAGGUCGUGCCGCUUCGGCGGCAACUGGUGCUGCAAAUAGUGUGAGUGACGCUUUGACACAGAAAACGAAAAUAAGUAUCGAGGAAGCAUGUCAAAUACUAAAUGUCAAAAAAGAGGAUAUUGAAGAUAUCGCUACUGUUGCCAGGCGAUUUGAACACUUACAUAAAAUGAAUGAUCCAUCGAAAAAUGGGUCAUUUUAUAUACAACGAAAAGUCGAGAACGCAAGAGACCGAAUUCAGCUAGAGUUAUUGGAGAAGGCGAAGCAAUUCUUUACUGUUAUCAUGACAGAGUUUAAACUUUCCGCCACUCUAAUAGGACACGAACAAGACGUUCGUGGAAUUCGUGCAGUUUCAGACUCCGCUGUUGUUUCAGUAUCUAGGGAUAAAACUGUGCGACUAUGGUCAAGGCUUGCAACUACAAAUGUGUUCACCGAGGAUAAGGUUUUUUUAGGACACACUCAUUUUGUGACUGGUGUUGCUGUGUUUCCAGCUACCCAGAAACACCCCAAAGGUCUUAUUGCUAGCGGAAGCAGCGAUAAAACUAUAAAUAUCUGGGAUCCAGAACACCCUCAAGAUCCGAUUUAUUCGCUUAUCGGUCAUACAGAUAAUAUAUGCGCGCUGGACGUUUCACCUUCUGGUUAUCUUGUAAGUGGAUCCUGGGAUAAGACCGUUAAAUUAUGGGUAAACUGGCAGGUUUCAUACACAUUGCAGGGACACACGGCCGCUGUAUGGGCUGUCUUGGCUAUUGAAGAUGAUGGUAAAAGAACACACAUUUUUAAAGGACACACUGAUUGCGUCAGAGGGUUAUGCGUACUUCCUGAUCUAGGUUUCGUGUCUUGUAGUAAUGAUAGCACGGUAAGAAUAUGGACUUUGACUGGAGAUUGUAUUCAAGAAUUGAACGGACAUAUUUCGUACGUUUAUUCUAUUUUUGUACUGUCAACCGGCGAGAUUGUGUCAUCUGGAGAAGAUAGAUCUGUUAAAGUUUGGAAAGAUGGUACAUGUAUACAAACUAUCUUACAUCCAGCAACAUCAGUUUGGUGCGUUGCAGGACUUCCUAACGGUGAUAUUAUAAGUGGAGCCAGCGAUUACCAAAUUCGCAUAUUUACACGUGCUGAAGAACGGACUGCCGAGUUAUCUGUGUUGAAGGAAUUUGAUGAUGAGGUUGCAAAACAGGCGAUUCCAUCAAACCAGAUAGGCGAUAUAAAGAAGGAUGAGCUUCCUGGACCUGAAGCUUUAUUAAAACCUGGAGACAGGGAAGGCCAGGUUUUGAUGGUACGCUCUGGGGAUCUAGUUGAGGCACACAUGUGGAAUGCUUCAAGCAAGACAUGGGCAAAAAUGGGUGAGGUCGUGGAUGCUGUCGGGCAAGGCCGAAAACAACUGUUCAACGGAAGAGAAUACGAUUAUGUGUUUGAUGUGGAUAUAGGGGAUGGAGUGCCACCUCUUAAAUUACCAUAUAAUGUGACUGAUAACCCAUAUCAGGCUGCCCAAGAUUUUAUAUGGGCGAAUGAAUUGCCACAAAGUUAUUUAGACCAAAUUGCCAAUUUUAUCAUACAAAAUGCUAAAGGUGUUACACUAGGCGCAGGUGCUUCACAGUAUCAAGAUCCGUUUACAGGUGGCUCGAGAUAUACUCCAGGUGCUGGACCAUCUAAUAAUGUACCAGGAUCACGCCCUGGUAAUACUAUAACAGGUAUUGAUCCGUGGACGCGUCCAGGACCUAGCACUACUACUUCAAGUACUGCAGCCCCUUCUUCGAAACCAAGUUCUGCUAAUGUUCUUCCACAAAAAUCUUAUCUUUCCUUUAAACAAGCAAAUGUCCAAGCUAUAUACAAGAAGAUUGGACAAAUCAAUAAUGAAUUACAAUCAGAUCCAUUAACAAGUAGUUUGGCAUUAACACCCACCGAAAACUCGACACUUGGAAACUUAAUCAAGUUCUUGGAAAAUCCUUCUGUGGGUACAGACUCGUCUGAAGCGAGACAGAAUGAAUUCGCAGUGAUACAUAAAAUUUGUACUAGUUGGCCAUUUGAGAAAAGAUUUCCAGGUCUUGAUUUACUACGACUGGUUAUAUUAUAUUCGCCUAUUGCAGCACUUUACAAGCACAAUAAAGGAUCCAUCAUUAAUCUAAUAAUGGAUGCUGGACAAUUAAACGCUUGGUCAUCGGAGAGCUUCGUGCGCACGAAAGAAUAUGAGACGAAUUUAAUGUUGGCUCUGAGAUCAAUAGCAAAUCUGUUUGAGGUAAAAGAAGGAUGGCAUCUUUUGAGAGAAGCUAGUUCGACGCAAGACCCAAAAUACGAAUACGCGGAUUGUUCUUGUGACAAUCUUUCUCAAAAAUCACCCGACGAAGACUUUCUUUUGCAGUUGAUAGCAACCAUCGUUGAAUUUCUCGAGAAUGAAACAGAUUCUGAAGUCAUAUAUAGGGCAAUGGUUACUAUGGGAACCUUGAUAAUCUCCAAUGGAGCAGCAAAAGACGCCGCUAAAGUUCUGGAUGUACAAAAUGUUGUUAAGAAAGCAUCCGAGAAAGCAAAGGAGGAGAGAAUCGUGCAGAUUACUGAGGCCGUGUUUAUUUUGUAUACUGUGUGGGAAUGGAAUGAAGAGUUGCCUCUUGAGCUUGCGGAUUCAUUCAGUGAAAUACAAGAGAAAUAUGAAGUGACAAUCAAUUUUUUGCCGGAAAAUCAAGCGCAAGGAAGUACAAAGAAUAUUGAACAAUCACGUAAUGACCAAAUAUUUAUUUACUCCAAAGCAAAAAGACUUAUCACGAUUCCACAACGUCAAAAACAAGCCGAUACUUCAAAAGCAAUUAUACAGAGUCUCCAUCCAUUCAACGAAGAAGAAUACGAUAAAGGACGCCAACUCCUCAAAUUCGGAGAAGAAACCGAAGGACUGGAGAGACCGUUCUUUUUCGAUUAUCGUGUGGAUAUAGAAGUGAAUGGUGAUGUUUUUAUUGAGGAGAAGCAAAUUAUGGUUAAUGGAGCGAAAACUGAGGAUAUAGAGGAAGCCAUGAGACGUCUUCAUACACUUCAAGAGAUACACUUACGUCCCCCAUAUCGAACACAAAGAAUUCCACUCGUUCAUCAUCCGAAUCAAAACGUGGCUUUCAAAUUACUUUUCUAUCCACUAAAGCAACAUGCGUACUUUAAAGACAAAUUUAGCGCGAUCAAAUCAAAAGAACCGUUUAUUCUAGUGGCGGUACAACGGAAUGAGGCAGGUGAAUAUAAUGUAUUGCCGAAUGGAAUUGAUAUUGAGGUUCUUCCUCCUAGUCUUCUUCAGAAUAAAGCUAAGAAGAAUGCUAUACCUCAGAGUCCAAUUAAAAAGGAGUUAUCAAAAUCAAAUGACCCCAAUAAUAAUCGAUCGUUAAAGACAGAAGAAGAAAAACAGGCGCGUAAAGAAGCGAAGAAAGCAAGAAUUGCUAAGAUGAAAUAUGAGCAAGCGAUGAGAAAUAACAGCAACCUCGUAGAAAAUCCUGCCGGCAGUAGUACAAGAAUUCUGGUGGAAAACGAGGCGGAAAAGAAGUCAAAUGAGGAAACUGAGUUGAAACCGAAGGUUAAAAACAUUGUUAUGGAAAAGAGUCCGGAUACUGAUGGCCCUUUUGAUCGUCAACAAGUUACCUUUGGAAAAAGAGUGCGAGAUUAUAAUUUCAACCUAAUGAAAAAAGCAUUUUCUGAGGCAUUCGAGUAUGCGCGGGCACACAGGGGAGAAAUUCGGUUUCAUGGAAGCAUCGGCAAAGUGUCCUUCUCGAAAGUAACCGCUCGGAUAAACUCAGAGUUAUGGGAAUUUACAGAUUUAAAAGAUAUCUUAGUUGGUGAAAUGAGUGUAUCUCCAGUAUUCACCGAUAUGGCAACGGAACAUUCACGCGUGAUAGAACUCGUGGUACAAUUACUUUCUGAAACUUUACCUAUGGAACCUUCUGCAAAGACGGCGUUCUUUGAAAUCAACGCAGACGCACGAAACAAUCCAAAUACUGGAUAUGUUCCCGUUACUAUGCUUGUCAAUUGCGAUUAUGUUGCGUUGAAUAAAGUUGCGCUGCGUUGGAAUCAUCUUGUAAAUUUUGAUUGGAGUAUCUUAGACAGGAAAGUCGACUUCCAAUUGUGCUUAAAGACACGUACAUCUAUCCGAAACGACGUAAAACCAUUCUCCACCUUCAUCAAGAAAGCUUCGGUCCAUCCCGCAAACAGGACGAUAACAUAUGAAAAUAUUCCUGAUUACUUGGAGGUCACAUCGAUUACUUACAAAGUAGUCAAUAAGUUUAAAUUACAUUAUCCUUUCAUCAUGGAAGUGACUCGUGUCGAAGAACUUCCCCUUAAGCAACAACCAAAUUCCAAAAAAUUUCAAGGAGGGACUGGUCGUGGAAAACCAUAUUAUACCAUAGAGGUGAUCAAUGAUGUAAUACGCGAAAAGUUUAAAGACAACCAGGAUCUUAGCCCUGGUAAAUUAGGAAACUGGACGGUUGAAGAUAUUUUAGGUGAAGAGCCGGAAUCGUUCAAUCUCAUUAACAUGACAAAAACUAUGUUGAUGUUGAUUGAAAGGUGUAAUAGAGCUUUAGAGCGUAGGGCCGCUGAAGAAGCUGAUAAAGCGAAAAA